UUUUUAUAUUUUAAUGCAUUAGAUAUAAUUCUAAAUUUUGACAACCAAUUACCUACCUAUUCAAUAAUAAUUCAUUACCGCCUAAUUAGAUCCUAUACGGUGUACACUAUACAGUCACUACACGGAACAGAAUCCCACACGGAGCUUGCUUGAGUCGCCGCUCUCACGCGCCACCGAGGUUGCGUGCACUUCCCGCCUCCUCCAUUCCAAUAAAGUCCGCCCCCACCCAACCUUUCCUUUUACCUCUCCCGCCAGUGAAAGAAAGAAACUGCCAAAUCGGGUUUUCGUAAGCAAUGGAGGUGCCGGUGAUAGAUCUGUCCCGGUACUUGGAGAUCGCGGACCAGCUGAGCGCCGACCCGGCCGAACUCGCCGCCCAAUCGUCGGAGCUCGGCGAGCUGUGCAAGGAUGUCAGUCGGAUACUCAAGGAAACUGGCGCAUUAGUGGUGAAGGAUCCGAGAUGCAGCGCCGAGGAUAACGAUCGCUUCAUUGAUAUGAUGGAGAAGUACUUCGAGAUGCCGGCAGAGUUCAAGCGCCUGCAGGAGCGACCGCACCUGCAUUAUCAGGUUGGGGUGACGCCUGAAGGUGUAGAAGUCCCCAGAAGCCUGGUUGAUGAAGAGAUUCAGGAGAAGCUCAAGGUGAUGCCUAAAGAGUUGCAGCCGUCUUUUCCCCAGGGAGCUGAUCCCAAAUGGCGGUACAUGUGGAGAGUAGGCCCUAGACCAUCGAAUACUCAGUUUAAGGAACUCAAUGCAGAGCCUGUCAUCCCUGAAGGUUUUCCUGAAUGGAAAGACACCAUGGACUCAUGGGGGCUCAAAAUGAUCUCAGCAAUAGAGGUUGUUGCUGAAAUGGCAGCUAUAGGUUUUGGCUUGCCCAAGGAUGCAUUCACUUCUCUUAUGAAGCAGGGACCUCAUCUUCUUGCUCCAACAGGGAGUGACCUUCGCUGUUAUGGCAAUGAAGGCACUGUCUUUGCUGGAUAUCAUUAUGACCUCAACUUUCUUACGAUUCAUGGGAGAAGUAGAUUUCCUGGUCUUAGCAUUUGGCUAAGAAACGGCCAAAAGGUUCAAGUGAAGGUUCCUGUUGGAUGUCUGCUUAUUCAGACAGGGAAGCAGAUAGAGUGGUUGACUGCUGGUGAUUGCAUAGCCGGUAUGCAUGAGGUUGUUGUCACCAAGAGAACUAUCGACGCAAUCAAAUUAGCAUCAGAGCAAAAUCGCAGCCUGUGGAGAGUAUCCUCAACGCUCUUCGCGCAUAUAGCAUCAGAUGCCGUGUUGAAGCCUUUAGGCCACUUUGCAGAAUCCCCACUUGCCGCCAAAUACCCGCCCCUCCCUGCUGGAGAGUUCGUCGAACAGGAGCUUGCAGUCAUCAAUCUGAAAGGAAACAAGAAGGAUGACACUGGUCGCUAAUCAAUUCGGCGACAACUUAAUUUAACCCAUCAUCAUUGUCAAUUUUUUACUAAUGCAAUCAUGUGUCAUUUCAUUUCUUGUCCCAAACAUACAAUUUCUUAGUGAAAUGGAAUAUCCAAGUGUGCUUUGUUAUAUGGAGAUUGCAGCCUUUUUGCCUUAUCAUUUAUGUGCAUCCUUCUGGUAAUGAUGAAUUGUGGUUGUAGGUGAGUGUGCGGUACUGGGUUAGACCAAAUCGGCAUAGGACUAGAUCAAGAGUGAAGAAAUGAGAAUAAGAGUUGAAGGGUAAGAGCAUUUGAUCUCGGCUGGUUUCAGUUUGGUCUGGUUUUCGUUGUGUCGAACAAGAUCUAUAGGAUGGAAGCCAACUUGAGUAUACUUGGCCGGAUUCUGAUUCCAUUUAAACCAGUUCAGUUAAGUUUGGUUUGUUUUCCCGUCAUUUUUAACAGGAUCUGUGAAUUCAAAACUAAACUGAACUAUAAUUGUUCCUUUUGUUUGAUCCUAAUAUCGAUUCGGUCAUAUUCGAGCUACAUUUGCCACUGAAUGGAGCCUGAUAAAACUUCCUUUAACCACAUAGAGUAGGGAUUCCUCUUCCCUCUUAUCACGGCAUCAUUCUGUACUAUUAACAUGCCCGGCUGAGCUAUUUUUGCCUAAGCAGUUUUUAACCCAGGAAAGAAAACAGAGCGCCAAAACUGAAAGGGAACUAGUCAGAAUGGAGUCAUGAAGUUGGAGCUGGCUAACUGUUUCAUCAGUGAAGCAAACACACAGGCAACGCAGGUCAGAUAGAAAGCAGAGCAGCCGCAUGAAGUGUAUGAUCUCUUUCUCUACUCCAUCAUACAUACAAUUAAGCCCUUAAGGCAUAGAGAAACAGCAUGAACCAACCCUCUGUAUUAUAUUUAUACACACACACAUACACAAGCAUUGAGAAUAUAUAAGUCUGUCCGAUCCCUAUCUACACCAAAAGCUCAGCAGCUCUUUGACGAUGAAGCGUCGAGGAGGAGGAGGAGGAGCGAUGAUAGUGGCGGUGGUGAUGACAUGGAUGGCGGUGGUGGGAGUCGGGGAAGGGAAAGCAUUGACGUGCGGGAGCACAUUCUUCUCGGCGCUGGUGCAGCUGAUACCUUGCAGGGCGGCGGUGGCACCGUUCAGCCCCAUCCCGCCGAGCGACGCAUGCUGCAAUGCCAUAAGGACGCUGGGACAGCCUUGCCUCUGCGCCCUCGUCAAUGGGCCGCCCAUCUCCGGGGUCGACCGCAACAUGGCCAUGCUUCUCCCGGACAAGUGCUCUGCCAUCUUCGAUCCAUGUAACCAGCUAGAUAGCAAGUCUGAAGCUUCCAACCCAUUUUUCCUUCCUUCCCGUUUUCUUCCAAAAUAUAAGUUUGGUUCCUUUUGUUCUUUGUUUGGUGUUUAUGUCAGGCGAGAUUAUGAAGAAAUAGGCAGGCGGGAGCUGCUUGCAGAGGGAUGACUCUGAAGAAGAAUCGAUGCAGGAGGGAAGGAAUGGAUUGCUUCAUGCAUUGUUAACGAGAAGAUAAUAAUGUAGCUGUGUAUUAACUUUGCAGUAAGUAAUAAAAAAACAAGUUAAUUCUAGAUCAUAUUACUAAGAUAAUUAACUAAUAAAAAUACAAAAAAUGGC